GGAAGUGAAGUCGCCAUUUUCAGACAGAGUUUUUUUUCGGUCGCUUUACACAACACUUUUGAGCAAUACAAAUUUUAACACUAAAAUACUGCGUCGAGCGGUUCUUUUAAUUAAAUCGAAGACCAGGAAACAAGAUGCACGGUGAACUAACACCGCAGACGUGCCGGGUUUGCCUGGAGCCGAGUACACGUCUGCAGAGACUGGAGGAGUGCCGCGAGGAGGGCGAGGAGACGCCAAACGAGAUGCUUACCCAACUUCUGGGAGUUUCCUAUAGCAAGUUAAAUGAAAGCGAACACAUCCCCGAUGGCAUCUGCCGGUCAUGCAAGGUGGAGCUCAACAUGGCCUUUCAGUUCCGCGAGAAGGCCCUCCGCAAACAGGCGGAGAUCGAGGCCUAUCUCCGCGAAAUGGGGCUGAUUGAAGAAGAGUCCGAGGAGGUAUUGAUCAAGGAAGAGGAGGGCUCGCAAACGCAGUGCGACGAUGAGUAUGUCAUUGAGGAGAGCACUGUUGAAAAAGAGCAUGAGGAGUACCUGGAUGUGGACGCCACAGAUCAGCAGGAGUGCAUGGGUGAUACCAUCGAGUACCUAGAUGAUAACUAUACGAUUGACAUGAAUCAAGAACAAAGCGAGAUAGUGGUGGAGGAGGCCAGGGAGGAGUACGAGGAGACACCCGCUCAGCAGCUGGUGCUGCAGGAGGCGGCCAAGACCAGUAUGAAGGCCCGGCGUGGACGCGUUCGUCGCGGUCUCAACUCGCUGACCACAUCCGACGGCACCGAGAAGGGCGGCUACAUCUGCGACGUCUGCGGAAACUUCUACGAGAAGCGAGGAAGGAUGAUGGAGCAUCGGCGAAGGCACGAUGCCGUUUGCCAGUAUGCAUGCGAAUUGUGCGAUGCCAAGUUCCAGGUGCGAGAGCAGCUGCGCAAGCACAUGUUCUCCCACACCGGCAGCAAGCCCUACAAGUGCAGCUUCUGCAGCCGACAAUUCUUUUACGAGAGCGUGCUCAAGUCCCAUGAAAAUGUUCACCGUGGCAUCAAGCCGUACGUGUGCAAGGUGUGCGACAAGCCAUUCGCCUACGCCCAUUCGCUGACCAAGCACGAGCUCAUUCACACGGACAUCAAGCAAUACCGCUGCGACUAUUGCCACAAGGACUUCCGUCUCUUGCAUCAUAUGCGGCAGCACGAGGAGACCAAGCUGCAUCAAAAUGCCGUGUUGCUGGCCGAGAGUAUGAAGGAAGAGAUGGUGGGCGAAGUCGACGGGGCGAUGAGCUAAGAAGCCAAACUCAUGAAGGACGCAGAAUAGAUGAAAUUAUUUUAGGUAAUCUUAAGUGCUAUCCCACAAAAUCCUUAAGGACCAUUUCAAUACUAGUUCUAAGGCAUACAUUUAAGGGAUCUCUGCUAACUCAAUGUACGAAUUCGAGAAAAAAAAACAAUAAGAAAUAUAUAUUUUAUGUUUGAAUAA